UGUACAUGUUCUUCUUCCACACGCUUCAAGAAUUUGUACAAUAUCAUCUUAUUCCAUCCAUUUCAAUAUUUUCACUUGCAAAAUCAAACCAUGACAAUCAAAGCAAUAAAUUAGCAUAAGGAAAACAAGAAGUCCACAAGAAAAUUGAAGAAAAAUGCAGUUUCUGUUUGUAUUUCUGAUGAAAAAAUCAAACUUUUGCACAAGAAUGCAGAAAAAAGUACAACUGCUGAUCAAGAAUUCAAUGGGGCUUCAUUUGCUGGUCCACUGUUUAACUUGUCCACUACCAUAUUUGGUGCUGGAAUCAUGGCACUGCCUGCCACCAAGAAAGUUUUACGCCUGGUUCAUAGUGUUUGUUGGAGUCCUCAUGGAGUUUUCCGUAGGCAUGUUGUUAAGGUUCAGUAAGGCCGGUGGCGUUGUUUCCUACGGAGGCAUUAUGGGGGAUGCAUUUGGGAAUGUUGGAAGGAGAAUUUUAGAAGUUUGUGUGGUGAUCAAUAAUAUUGGUGUACUAACUGUGUACAUCAUCAUCAUUGAUUCUUUGAGAUACACCUCUGCUUUAGCAGUUAUUCUGGCAUUUGUUUUCCUAGUCAUAACUGCAUACAUCUCUGUGUUUAAAUUGGUGAAAGGCUCUAUUGGAAUGCCCAGAUUGCUUCCUGAUAUUACUGAUAUUUAUUCAGUCUGGAAACUUUUCACCUUCGUCCCUGUUCUUGUGACUGCCUAUGUCUGCCAUUUUAAUGGUAAAGCAAUUGUUUCUCGCGGUUUAAGUCGCUAA